AUGUUAAGUGCAGCUCAAAUGUCCUGCGCGCUGGUUGUCUUUGCGCUUAUUAUUGGCCCAGCUACAGCCGUGGAAACUCAUAAGUCGACUCAUGCGGGUGUCGCUUUGAAUACGCUGCAUUCGAUUCAUUUUCCGGCCGCGAGAAAGCGGCGCUUGAGACGUAAUACGGCCAUGGAGACGACUGAAAAUUCUAAAGAGAGGCCUUUUACCUUUAACUUCUCAGAACUGGCUCCAAGCUUUUCCAACCUCAAGUCAAUUUCUGGGGCGAUUUACCAGAUACCUCCAAGUUGGGUGUGGUUUCUGACGCAGAAAUCCUCGGACGAGGUGUUUAUGCUGCUGAAGCUUAAAAAAGGAACUGAACUGUUUGGAGAUCCAAACUUUGUGAAUGACGAUGCUGCAUUGGCUGAACUUUUAGUUGCUGGAAGUGAGAUCAAAGGUUUGAAAUCAAUCGCUGGUCUCGCUGCAGAGUUGCAAGCGGCGCUGCUGAAAAAAUGGGAUAAUGAAGGAAAAACGGUGGAAGAGGUGUUACAAAUUUUGGCGCUGACAAAAGGCAAUCCUUUUCAAAACUCACUGAUUUUGCAGUUAUUUGCAUUCGUCAAGCUUAAAUAUCCAAAAGAUCCCACAUUGGUAAUGUUGACGGCUUUUCGAGAAAUUUUCAAGGACGACGGUGCUUGGGCCAAACUUCUAGUUGCUGCAACGGAGACCAAAAUUGUGAAAUCCAUCGCUAGUCUCGCUGCAGACCUGCAAGCGGCGCUGCUGAAAAAAUGGGAUAAUGAAGGAAAAACGGUGGAAGAGGUGUUACAAAUUUUGGCGCUGACAAAAGGCAAUCCUUUUCAAAACUCACUGAUUUUGCAGUUAUUUGCAUUCGUCAAGCUUAAAUAUCCAAAAGAUCCCACAUUGGUAAUGUUGACGGCUUUUCGAGAAAUUUUCAAGGACGACGGUGCUUGGGCCAAACUUCUAGUUGCUGCAACGGAGACCAAAAUUGUGAAAUCCAUCGCUAGUCUCGCUGCAGACCUGCAAGCGGCGCUGCUGAAAAAAUGGGAUAAUGAAGGAAAAACGGUGGAAGAGGUGUUACAAAUUUUGGCGCUGACAAAAGGCAAUCCUUUUCAAGACCCACUGUUUUUGCAGUUUGCUUGGGCCAAACUUCUAGUUGCUGCAACGGAGACCAAAAUUGUGAAAUCCAUCGCUAGUCUCGCUGCAGACCUGCAAGUGGCGCUGCUUAAAAAGUGGAAUAAUGAAGGAAAAACGGUGGAAGAGGAAUUACAGAUUUUGGAGCUGCAUAAGUCAAAAGGCAAUCCUUUUCAAGACCCACUGUUUUUGCAGUUGUUCGCAUUCGUCAGGCUUAAACACCCAAAAGACCACACAGCGGUAACGUUGACGGCUUUUCAAAAAUUUUACAAAGACGACAGUGCUUGGGCCAAACUUCUAGUUGCUGCAACGGAGACCAAAAUUGUGAAAUCCAUCGCUAGUCUCGCUGCAGACCUGCAAGUGGCGCUGCUUAAAAAGUGGAAUGAGGAAGGGAAAACGGUGGAAGAGGUGUUACAGAUUUUGGAGCUGCAUAAGUCAAAAGGCAAUCCUUUUCAAGACCCACUGUUUUUGCAGUUUGCUUGGGCCAAACUUCUAGUUGCUGCAACGGAGACCAAAAGUGUGAAAUCCAUCGCUAGUUUCGCUGCAGACCUGCAAGUGGCGCUGCUUAAUAAGUGGAAUGAGGACGGGAAAACGGUGGAAGAGGUGUUACAGAUUUUGGAGCUGCAUAAGUCAGAAGGCAAUCCUUUUCCUGACCCACUGUUUUUGCAGUUGUUCGCAUUCGUCAGGCUUAAACACCCAAAAGACCACACAGCGGUAAUGUUGACGGCUUUUCGAAAGUUUUACAAAGACGACGGUGCUUGGGCCAAACUCCUAGUUGCUGGAACGGAAGAUGAUAGUGUAAAAUCCAUCGCUCUUAAUCUGCUAUGGUUGCAGCUCUCAAGGUGGACGGAAGGUGGAAAAAUGGUGGGCGAACUUUUUACGCUUGUGGGGUUGGACAAGAGUGGAGAAGGACUCUUUCAAAACAUACUAUUUUCGCAGUGGGCCACCUUCAUCGAGGUAAGACACCGGAAUAACCCAGAAGCGGCAACUGAUGUAAUCUGGUCGACCCUGGUAGCUCAUUACGGGGAAGAAGGUGCAUUGGCUAAUGUUCUUGUAACUGGAACGGAGAUUUCCCAUAUGUUUAAACUCGCCGUUAGCCUGUUAAGGAUACAGGUUCGGAUGUGGUACAAUCAGACUGAAGAAAGUGUGGAGUGGGUUUUUACAAUUUUAAAGCUCGAUGAGAUUGGAGAAAGGCUGUUUGAUAGCCCACUAUUUUUGCAGUGGGUCACCUUGAUCAAGGUAAGACACCGGAAUAAUUCCGAAGCAGUAACUGAUGUGAUCUGGUCGACCCUGGCAGCUCAUUACGGGGAAGAAGGUGCAUUGGCUGAUAUUCUUGUAACUGGAACGAAGAUUCUUCAUAUGGCUAAACUCGCCGUUAACCUGUUGAAGAUACAGUUCCGGAGGUGGCAUGAUACUGGAAAAAGUGUGGAGUGGCUUUUCACAGUUUUGAAGCUGAAGGAGAUUGAAGAAGAACUUUUUGAAAGCCCACGCCUGUUUAUGUGGCUAGUAUAUGCUGAAAAAUACUACCGAGCGGCGUACAAUGAGGCUUAUAAGGCGGUCACUGCGGCGGCUAAAAAGUCGACUCAUGCGGUGGCUAAAAAGCGGGCUGACGAGGCGGCUAAGACGGCUCUAACAGCGGCUACUAUAGCGCCUUUUGAGGCUGUUUUUUUAACCUUACGUCGCCAUUACAACGAGGGUAUAGUAACGAGAAUUCUAGCUAAUGGAUCGCAGAACAGUGACCCGGAAGUGAAGUUAGUUGCUGACGCACUGAUAAAGAUGUUUUAA